CCUCCUUCCCUCUCUGUUGCAUCCAUCCAUUCUCUUAUCCAUUCACCCAUCUCUCCAUCCACCCAUUCAUUCCCAAGGGCGUUACAAGGGGUGACAAGACCCGACUGAAAGGCGCAUGCAUGUAUGCGUGCUUAUGCGUAAUUCCUCCGUGUAUGUGCGUAUCUGGUCUGCCUGUGGAUCCCCUGACAUGAGGAGCUGAAACAGACCCGACAGAAGGAUGAAAAUGCUCCGGUUUCGCAGCCCCAGCAUCCGCUCCUUGGACCAGGAGGUCCUCUGCACGAUCCGGUUACUGGACGACUCCGAGAUCUCCUGCAGCAUCCAGAGAGACACCAAGGGCCAGUUCCUGUUGGACCAUGUGUGUAACCACUACAAUCUACUUGAGAAAGACUACUUUGGUAUUCGAUAUGUGGACCCAGAGAAACAGAGGCACUGGCUGGAGCCCAAUAAGCCCGUGGUGAGGCAGAUGAAGUCAGCUCAGCAGCCGUACAUGAUGUGUUUCCGGGUCAAGUUUUAUCCCCACGAGCCAAUGAAAAUCAAGGAGGAGCUCACCAGGUACCUCCUGUACCUCCAGCUGAAGAGAGAUAUCUACCAUGGUCGUCUCCUCUGUCCUUUUGCUGAAGCUGCAUAUCUGGGAGCCUGCAUCAUACAGGCUGAGCUCGGGGACUAUGACCCAGAGGAGCAUCCAUCAGACUACAUCAGAGACUUCAAACUGUUCCCUAAACAAUCUCUCAAACUGGAGAGAAAGAUUAUGGAAAUACACAAGAACGAGCUCAGAAGCCAGGGUGCUCCAUUUGCAGAGUUGAACAUGCUCCAAAGGGCUCACAGCCUCGAGACGUACGGGGUUGACCCUCACCCAUGCAAGGAUUUCACAGGCUCCACGGCUUUUCUCGGGUUCACAGCCACAGGUUUUGUGGUCUUCCAGGGAAACAAGAGGAUCCACCUCCUCAAAUGGGCUGAUGUGAGCAAACUAAAAUUCGAAGGGAAAACCUUUUACGUCAUCGGGAUUCAGAAAGAGAUCUCCUUAACAGGCAGGAUUCACUGUAACAGGAUGAAGAAACUGGUGUUGACAUUUCACACCUCGACCCCUGCUGCGUGUAAGCACUUAUGGAAGUGCGGGGUGGAGAACCAAGCCUUUUACAAGUGUGCCAAGUCAAGUCAGAUAAAGACAGUUUCCAGCAGUAACAUCUUUUUCAAAGGCAGCCGGUUCAGAUACAGUGGAAAAGUAGCCAAGGAGGUGAUAGAAGCCAGCUCUAAGAUCCAGAGAGAUCCACCGGAAGUGCGCAGAGCCCAGUUUGGUCAGAGUCGCAGUUUUAACUCUCUGAGCCAUAAAAACCUCAUCAUGAACAUGGAACCGCUGGUACCUGCACUGCCCUCCACCAACGAAUACGAAGAGACGGCCACAGACAACGGUGUUGUUGCUGUGAAGGACUCUGUUCCCUUGUCUCCUCUCAAACCUUCAGCUGCCCCUGCCGACACAGAGCAACAGAGUAAUGAAGGAGGAAACUCUGCUUUAGGCAGCGACCUGCAGCCUCCCCGUGUUUCCAUGGAAACCUCAAAUCUCCGACCUCAGACACCCAAAGCUGAAGAUGAAGUGGAGGACGACGACGAGGCCAGCGGCCCACUCACCAUCUCUGAGCUCGUCUACAGCCCUUGUGCCAGCAUGCUGCCCUCCCCAGUGGAUGACAGUCAGGGAGGCGUGGACCUGCUCUUCUCCUCCCCGGUCCAAAGCCCCGCCAGGCUGCUGAGAGAGCUCCAUGCUGACCCUGACAUCCAGGCCCAGCUGGAGGCUGAAAGGGAGCGAGACCGGGCCUACGAACACACCCGACAGGCUGCUAGAAGAAGAAUGGGUGGCGUUCUGACCAGCAGCCUGCGCCUGCUGUCGUCCAAUGAGAGAGUCAACGCAUGUGUGCUGAGCGUGGCCCGCUUUGUUGCCGUGGUAAUGGGCGUCCUGCUUGUCACUGUGCCCACACUGCUGCUACUGCUGGAGUCAGACAUCGACGUGUCGUUCCUUCAUGAGAUCCGCCAGACGCCGGAGUUUGAGCAGUUUCACUACGAGUAUUACUGCCCACUCCGGCGCUGGAUCCUGUGUAGGAUCAGCAUGGCCAUGGAGAACCUCUGGUCAGACUGAGCAGGAGGAGAACAAGAGUGAGAGAGUGAAGAGUCACAGCAGGGGGAACAAACAUGCCCAAAUGUCUGUCUUAACAUGUCAUUCAAUCUUAUAUUCAGUCUCAACAACUGGUGAGACAAAGGAAGCAGUCUACCAAUGAGAUGAAAUAAUUUCUCUUGUUUAAGAGCAACUUUAGUUUAUUUUAUUAGCAGGUGCAAUGGAUCUUUAAUGAGGGCUAACACAAUUGCAGUAGAAUGUUUUUAAAAAGAGUUUGUACAACAUUAUUUCUAAUUGAAUUUACUCAAAAACAAGAAGAGUUGUUUCACCUCUUUGGCAACUUAAUCUUGAAGAAAAGAGAGAUGAGAAAGAUUUAAUCAUAGGAUCCAAUCACUUGUUAAGACACUUUUGGCAGCGAUGAACUGAAAAGAAAGAGGACAAGUAAUGCUGUAAGUUUUCAAGGAAAAACCUGUGGAAGGGAGAGAUUCAUGAAAAUAAAAAAGGAGGCAAGAAAAUGUCACAAAAAGAUCCAGAAAAGAAAAAAAAUGGGCAGUUUUGUUUAGAUUUAAAGGUCUGUUCACUCCUGAUGCUGACUAGCUGAUGCAAUGACUCUGGUAAAUAUCGCAACCCAUUCUGAUUGAUUCUUGCCAUCAGGGUGGAACACCUGAUUGGUCACAGAGCCUGUCAGUCAUGACGGAGUGGAUGGGCACAGAAAGAGAAAUGAUUGUCACUGAACGCUACAAUAGCCACAGUCAGAGGUACAUUAUAUAUAUUUAAAAACAAAAGAGAAAUAUUGAUAAUUAAUACCAAUCUUAAAUAAGUUGUUUUUAACGUUUUGUACAUUUUUAUGUGAUCCAGAUCUUUCAGGAAUUUUUCAGUCAGAGGAUCUACUUUGAGCUUAUUUUGAGAUUAAGAGUUUACAAAAGAUUACAAAAAAAAAAAGCAAAUUUAUUGAAGUUUAUCGGGGUGAUGGGUGUUGAUAAAUUUAAGAUAUUUUUUAAGACUACCAUCAGCAUUUGCUGGCCUGGUAGCACCCUGGGUUUUUCCUACAGAGGCUAUAGCACAAAUCUUUUACACAUGACCACAGAUUACAACUGUUUCAGAUUAUGUGAUGUCAUUUUGGAGACAGGAGGGCGGCAGAGGAGAGAAACUUUAGUCUCUUUGUGAUGAUGUGUGUUUUGUUGAACUUCUAAAUGUCUUCUGAACUCAAUGUAAGCUCACUAAUUGAGGCUACUAGUGCAUCUUUCAGUGUGUUUUAAGACACAGUUUGAACAUAGAAAGUAUAAAGAGAUACUAAAGGAAGAAAAGGUUACCUGUAGGCUUAUGAUGGAAAGUUAGAGUGUUGUAAUGGUGAGUAAAACCGUGAUUUUGGGUCGUUUGUUAUUCAGUGGUCUGCUACUUUUGCAGAGGAAUUUGAAGUGAUAGGAUGGUGAACUCAAAAGGCCCAGAGAAGAGGGUUUGUAUACUUCUGCAGCUACGUGACACAUGAUGGGACAAGUUAUGCGUUUAAUGGUCUAAAUCUCUCAUACAGGUCUUUCUCUAGUUGUUUUCUGGUGUAGAAGAUGUUGAUCAGACUGAACGAACAUGGUACAGUAGAAGUACAGUCGCAGGUUUUGCAGCAUUUUAGUCACUAAAUCAAAUUAGAAAUGAUUUGUAGCCAUUUCUAAGAAGAUCUGUGAUGACGUCAUAUUGAGCAUCCUCAUUUAGACGACUGCAACUGUUUGUACAUGAUAGUAUAUCCUCAUUUUAAUGUCAGUGACCAACAUGACAGAGUUAUAAGUAAUUAUUUGGAUGGGGAAGAUGUUUGAGAAAUGUGAUAUAAAGCUGUGUGCAUGGACAUUCACUGGUCACAUGUCUGGACUUCCCAAAAUGUCUGGGCAGUGUUGUCAGAUGUUAAAUGUUAAACUAUCACACCAGAGGCUUUAAGUUAUCAUAGUUUGUGGACAACUAUUGUACACUAGUCAUAAGAACAAGAACAAAUAGAAGAAAUGUGUAAUUUUACCUCACCAACAAAUCUACCCACAUUUUGUUUUUUGUUGUUGUUCAAACUAAUUGAGAGUUGCUUUAAUAUAGAGCUUAGACCAAGCAAGAUUGGAGGUCACAUAAGAAACACGGAGGUAGGACAAAUAUUUUGCAUGUCAGGGAAUGAAUUAAAAUAGAGAAGCACAGACAAAACCCAGCUCCUUAUUGUAAGCAUGCCAAAAUGGUCAAAUUAUAAUACAUAAUGGCACUUUUGACAUCAACAAUGGUGCAUCAUACAGAGGGCAAAAUUAUCAUACAAAAAUGCAUAUCGUAAAUCUGACAACGCUGCGUCCAGAGCUGACAAGUCAAAGAGAUAUCAAACUCAAAAAGUGAGAUGGGAUGCAAAAAUAUCUGAACUUGUAAAAUAGAAAAGAAUUAACUAUAGAAUGUGACUUAAUGCUGGGGGUUGGUCUGUGUAACACAAUCUUGUGUAAUUAUUUGGCUGACCAGUGACUUUUGGGAACUUACAGCCUCACCUUGUGAUUGUUCAUCAUAAUGACAGUGCCUGUCAGUUACAGUAUUGUGGUUCUGCAUGGAGAUAAAACAAAGAGGAACAGCAAUGAGAAAUGACUUCAGAUCAAAUGAAAAUGUGUAUUUUAUUAUUUUUUUAAAGAAGUUCUAUUCAAAAUGUAGUUCAGUUUGGAUCAACUUCUCAGGAAAGGGCAUUAGCAGUUUAUGUUCAAAAUAACAAAUAUAUGUCUAAAAAUACAUAAAAAAGAGAAAAAAAACGAAUCAUCUAAUCACAGCAUAUAGUUUAUCCAUAACAUUCAUACAUGUCUUGCUAUUAUGCUAUUAUGAAUAUCCAAACACUGUAUGUAUUUAUACCAAGUCUGCAGCUAGACAUUAAUAUGGCUGCAGACUGUCUGUGUCGUUGUAGCCUCAUUUCACUCAAAUACAUAUGCAUCCAUAAAUAUUAUCUGGAACCGUUGGGCUGAACCUCCAUACUGUGGACAGUCAGUAGCAUUAGCUCUAGUUGAGCUAAUCUCUCUAUCAAAGCUCUCACACAGUAUUUAAGCUGAGCUAAUGCUUUAAAGUAUAUUUUCAGAAAUCACUCUCCAUACUCGCCGGCUGCUACAGAGGCCUCUGCAGUGCACAUCACCAUCAAAGCCCUCUCAUUAUUAUCAAUCAAAUGUUGCUGCCUCAUAUUAUCAGCUGUGUUGUCAUGGAACUCUGUAGACUUUAUGCAUCAACAAGCUUUAUGCAUAUAGAAAAUAUGCAGUAACAAAAGCUUAUUUGGGACAAAGCAUUUAUUUUCCUACUACAGCACAUGCACUGAGUUUCAAUGCUGAAACCAAGCGAAGGGCCAAACCACUAUGAUGACGACGUUUGCAUUUAACAUCACAAACUCUGAGCUUCACUGUAGUGGAUGAAGCUGAUCUGUAUGCACUGCUAAAUGAUCACCAUCAUCCCAUGAUAACUAACAGAGGGGGAUAUCAUCAUGAACUAGCGUCCUGUCUUCAUGUUUAACUGUCACUCCUCCAGUAUGCACAUGUACCAAAAUGCUUGAGCGUUUCAUUGUAGAUUUAAAUUAUCUGUAUAGGCUUCAUGUACACAGCUGUACAGACGUAGUUUGUCCUCGGCGUCGAUCCUUUAUUUCUGUGCUUCAUCCUCCUUCUACUAACCCGGGCCGGGGUAUCUCUCACGCUGACCUCUCAAUGCAAAUUGCAUGCCCUCAUCUGUAAAUACUGUGUUUAUAGUUGUGGCAAAAAAAACAACAAUCUGGGUAAGGAUUUCCUUUCUUUCUUCCCUCUGCGUGUCUUGUCCGUAUAAAGCGAUCUAGAUUUAGGCUUGGCUGUUUUGACCAUCUUAGAUGAAUGCAUGUUCUCUGUGUUUUUACCAAGCGGAGGAAACAGAUUGAGAUAUUUAAGGCCUUUUCUGCCAAUCAGACAUGUCAUACAACAGGCUGUUCUCAUCCAAUGUUUGUACUUAUACCUAGAAAAGGUGACACUAACACGUAGAUAAUCCAUGUAAUCGUGAGCCAAGAGGCCCAGUUUAUUCUAGACCAUAUUGACGUUUCUUUUUGGGGGCGACCUCUAGUGGCCGAAGUAAUUAUGGAGCAAAGGAGGAAGUCAGAUGAAGUAUAAAGAGCGACAACGCUCUUAAGGACAUUGGGGUGGAUCGAUGGGUCAAAAAACACAGGGCUUUCACCCGCUGUUUGUGUCCCCUGUGAAACUAGGGGCACGUUCAACCCCCCAAAAACGUAGCAAAUUUUUGUAUAUAUCAUAAAACAGUGGUACAUUGAACACCCUGUUGUGAAUGCAAGCACACUGCCACACUGUAAUCCGAAGGUUUACUUAGACUACUAGCUACAAAUUGGAUCUCUGACCCACCCACCGAACAAGGGAAAACAUACAUCCAAACUGGUUACAUACUGUUUUGAGGUAACAUGAAAUUCAGCAAAACAUAGUAAAAGAUAGUGUUUAGACUGAACGUGUCCCAAAAGACGAUGUUGUUAUAUUAAGUUAACUUGUAUGUAACUUACAUACAGUAUGUAACUUCAUCACAUUCUACGUGACACACGUAACUACGUCAGGAGAACUUAUUUUAACCCACACCAUAAUCUUUAAUCUAAACCUAACCGAGUACUAAUGUUUAAGUAGAAUGAUCAUAUUUCGGAAGAUAUCAUACAAACCAGUGGGUUUCAGCUCUUUUUUAACCGUUGGCUUGAAAAGACUGAAUAUGUGGAUGCUACUUCUGUUGGCCUCCCCUCAGUUGAUCUUAAAAAAAUGUCUCUGUACAAAAAGGAGAACUUCUUGAUGGCUGCUUAAAAUAUCAUCAAUUUCUUAAAGAGCAGCUCAAAAUAUUUGAUUAGUUAGCUUCAUCGUGCUUUUGCUGUGUGUGUAAAUCAUUAAAGCCAGAUGCUAAACGCUAACACCCUAACCUCAUUGCUAACGGAGCAUGCUAUUAACUGAGAUUCAGAACAUUAAUUGUUUAGAUGUUCAGUUUUUAAGAUGUUUAAAAAAAAACACUGAAGCGAGUGAAUGGAAAGUAAAAUGACACCUCAGCUCAUUUAAAACAACAAAAGGCCUUUUGGUUCUGUGAUAAAAACAGAUCUUUGGCCCCAUGUGACACUGUAGCAUUUUAUUAGUUUGUAGCUCAUUCAUCAGUUUAGCCUUUAUGAGUUUAAAGGGGAAGUUCACUCCUUUGAGAUUUAGCUCUUGUUUUGAGCUACAUGUGUUUUACAGCAUAUAGACGGACCGAGACUACAACUUUUGUUGCCUGCACUUACAUAAAACUGUGAUUAUAAACAUCAUUGAGAUCACACACACCAGUUGAUGUCAUAUCUGAGGUAUUAUUACUAAGUUCCUGACAUGAGUCAAGUAUUUAUAAACCUUAAAUUUAAUUACCUGCCUUUAAAUUAUCAGUAAAAAAUAAAACAAAAAUGCUUUACAGACAACCGGAAUUCAAAGCUGUUUCAAACUAACACACAAAUAUUACUUUUGAUUAAUUUAUUUAAGAUUUUAAAUAUUUGAACUCAGGUCUACUAUAUGCAAAACUAUUGGACGUCACAUGGUAUAAGGAUAAAAUAAGCUGUUGUUAAUUAUAUGAUUUCAGUGUUGUGUGGGCAUGUACAGUAGCAGAUUCUCUUGCACGGUCACUUUGUUGUUUUUGAUUGUUAGUCAGACUGAUUUGUUGUUUUAUUGGUUAGUCAGAUUAUUUUCUGUUUGUUUGUUUGUUUUUCUCUUUUAAUAAGAAACUCUGGGAGAUUUAAUUUUAAAAAAAUAAGAAAAAAGUUUUAAAAAAUCCCUAAGUAA